AUGACAAACUUCAGCACACCUGCCAACAUCACACUAACACCAUUUUGGAAAAUAGACAUAGUAGAAACUUGUAUGUUGACCUUUCACUUCAUAUCUGGUCUUCCAACAAAUGUCUAUGUUAUGUGGCUCAUCAUGACGGGAACAGGAAGCGGAGUUGCAUCAGAGUUCUUCAACCUCAAUCUCUCUGUUUGUGGGAUCUUUGUCUCUGUGAACGGUUUGCUCAUUCUAGUCUCAAAAUGGUUUCCAUUUCAAAGUCUCACAGCAUUAACACAGUUUUUCUAUGGACUUACUGUCACUGGUCAUCCUCUGUUUCAGUGUCUGAUCUGUGUUGAGCGUCACCUGGCAGUGGUUCAUCCUGUAACCUUUCUGAAGUACAAACCUCUCAGAUAUAGAGUGAUCUGCUGCACUGUAGUCUGGAUAUAUAUAUUUGGCACUUGUUUGUUCUGCAUGUUUAUUUUUAUCUCAUAUACCAUACAUAUGUAUAUAUGGUUCUGCUCACUGCAGUUCCUCCUCUUCCUCUCCAUCCAGUUGUUUUGUCUUGUGGCUGUUCUCAGAGCUCUGAAGCAGUCAGGACCAGGAGAGAGCAGGGGAGUGAGAGAGGAAGAAAACCAAAUGAAGAGAAAAGCGUUUUACAUCAUUCGAGUAACUACUGCUAGCUUGGUUGUCACAUAUGUUCCAUUUAUUGCUACUGGUUUGCAUUUUAUUGUGACACUGAAGUUCAUUCAGAUUCUUUGGUCAAUUAGUUACAUCUGUUUUAUGCUGGCUGGUUUUGUUCACCCUGCACUUUAUCUGCACCGGACUGGAAAACUCUUCUGCUUCUGUUCUAAAAAUUAGUAAUCAUAUUAUCGCAUAUUAUCAUUGAGUACUGAUUGCUGAGCUGAUUGCUACAUGGCUACAACAAAUAAAUAAAUGCAUAGACAAUCUGAGUUAUUGUAACCUUUAGAGACUGCAGAGGCAUGGCAUGGUAAUUAAGCUUAAUCUCGGCUGUCAUCAUUUGGAAAUAUUUAACUGUUGGAUGCUGCAAUUGACAAAUCAUAGUCAUGUUCUCUAGAGAGCCCUAUUAUACUGUAAAAAUUAUGCUGGAUUUAAUUUAGAAUAAAAAAAAAUAUGUUAUAUGAAAUGAGCUAAAUAUGAAACUUUGAUGAAUAAUUUUAGCUGAUACCUGAGA